CUUACGUUGUCGUGUUCCUUCUACUCGAGCCUGCUGAAGGAGCUUCUUCUUAUCGCCGAUUACUCGUCAAAAACUCGGAAAUUCAAUGGAAGAAAACCGUCCGGUUCGCCGGCGAGCUUCAUCGACAAGCCAGUGAUUCCCGGCGAUGUGGUUCUCGACCUCUCCGACAUGACUAACCAAACCAUCAAGCUCGGCGGCGGUCUCCGCCAGGAUUUUGAUUAUAGUGCGAUGAAGGCUGGUACUUUGAGGUUUACGAAGCCUAACAAGUAUUGGGUCGAAACAUCUCAGAAAAGGUAUGUGCCUUGUGUGGGGGACUCGGUACUUGGAAUCGUGGCGGAUUCGAGAGCAGAUAAUUUUCUGGUGGACAUUAAAGGACCUACAUUGGCGUAUCUGCCGGUGCUUGCUUUCGAAGGAGGAACUAGGCGAAACAUACCAAAGUUUGAGGUGGGUACAUUGCUGUAUGUUCGGGUUGUGAAGGCAAACCCUGGCAUGAAUCCUGAGUUGUCAUGCACUGAUGCCAGUGGAAAAGCAGCAGAGUAUGGUGUCCUUAAAGAUGGCUACAAUUUUGACUGUUCGACUGGCCUUUCAAGAAUGUUGCUGAGAUCGCCAAGAUGUCCAGUUCUCGAGGAACUUGGGAAGAAAAUUUCCUUUGAAAUAGCAGUUGGUUUGAACGGCCGUGUUUGGGUCAAUGCUGGUUCGCCAUCUUUGAUCAUCGUCGUUUCUAAUGCAAUCAUGAACUCGGAAUCUCUGACUGGAGUGCAGCAGAGAAUCAUGGUGGAUAAACUCAUUCAGAAUUUGAAGUUAUCAACGUGACAAUGCAAGACCUGCAAGCUUUGCAGCUGUCAAACUCACCCGUUAUGUUUUCCAGAAGACGUUUUGUGGCGAGGGUUAAGAAGACAAUGAAAUCCCGCGAUCACAAUCUCAUAUGCUAAAACAUUCUCGAGCACGAGCCUUAUGACUUGUGUGAACCCGUUAAAGCAGUAGAUGGUAUGAAACUAUUUCUUAACUCUUAACCUAAAUUUUGUUACUUGAGCGGGGGAAUUCGUCGUGUUAAUCGAUAAUCUGUCUAUUGAUUCUGCAUUUUUUUUCCUUAUGAAAUUCGACUCAGUGCCAAGAUAUUCAAAUGUUACAGACGAUUUCAAGGUUACAAUGAUGGUCUUGUUCUUUUUA